CUCAUGUAACGUGAGAGGUGACUUUCCCUGAUAAGCUCUGUCUUACUCUCAGAGCUUAUCAAACUGCAGUUGAAGGGAGAAGGUUCAGGUGUUAAUAGGCUGACCUCUGUCUAGAAAGAAGUGCAAUACUACCGACCUAGCGAACGCCUCAGGAAACCAGCCUAACAAUCCACUUUGCCUUGUUAGUGCAGACAAAUGGAAAAAAAAGUGAGUAUGAUGAAAGAUAAGGACCAGCAGUCGCACUCCUGGGCAUUUUCGGCUAGUCUGCUGUCGGUGGCUUUGGAGUGAAUCUGUAUUACAGAAGGCACAGCACUUCACAUCGUUGGCUGCCAGCAACAGAUUUAAAGAGCUAAAAGAUGACAUGAAGAGAGGAGCCCUGACGCGCAGCAGGACAAGGCUCUGGGAUGAAAAUGCUGUAACUAGACUUCCUGUGGCUGCCCUGGAGGGACACGUCGUGCCUACCAGUUGCUCUGGAGACAUCACAACUCUUCUGAUUCAUGAGCCAGCAGGAUGCUGCGGUCCAUGUGCUUUCAGAACGGCUCCUCGUAGCAGCGUACAAAGGCCAGGCGGAUGAUGUGGUGCAGCUGAUUAACAGGGGCGCAAAGGUAGCAGUUACAAAGUACGGCCGCACUCCACUGCACCUGGCUUCCUACAAGGGUCACGUUGAGGUCGUCCGCAUUCUGCUGAAGGCAGGCUGUGAUCUCGACAUUCAGGAUGAUGGUGACCAGACAGCUCUCCACCGGGCAGCAGUGGUGGGGAACACUGACAUUAUUUCAGCUCUCAUCCAGGAAGGCUGUGCUCUGGACCGGCAAGACAAGGACGGGAACACUGGUUUGCAUGAAGUUUCUUGGCAUGGAUUCAGUCAGUCCGUCAAACUGCUGGUCAAAGCAGGAGCUAACAUUCAUGCAAAGAAUAAGGCAGGGAAUACAGCUUUACACCUGGCGUGCCAGAAUGGCCAUGCCCAGAGCUGUCGGCUCUUGCUCCUGGGAGGAUCCAGGCCAGACAGCAAGAACAACGCAGGUGAUACAAGUUUGCAUGUUGCUGCCCGCUACAAUCACGUGGCCAUAAUCCGAAUUCUCCUGAGUGCUUUCUGUUCUGUGAACGACAAGAAUCAGGCAGGGGACACUCCACUUCAUCUUGCUGCUUGUCUAAAUCAUAAAAAAACUGUAAGGCAUCUCCUGGAAGCAGGGGCUGACUGUACCGUGCUGAACAAUGCAGGUCAGACUGCGCUGGAUCAGGCCAGAGAAUAUAAUAACCCAGAAGUAGCUCUCCUCUUGGCCAAAGCUCCUCAGGUCCAAAGCUUUAAUCGUGGGAGGAGUGUGAGGAAGAGAAGAGAGAAGUUAAAAGAAGAACGACGGGCACAGUCCGUCCCUAGAGACGAAAUGCUGCCGAGCAAGGGGAGCGUGUCUGUGGCAGACGAUACGCCCAGCAGCGACCAGCCACCCCAAAGAGGGGGGGAGAACCAGAGGAAAAUCUCUUCCAAGAAAGACCGGAAAAAAAAGAACAAGGAAAAGCCCUCGCUGUCGGACCCCCUGUCGAAGACAGACACCCAGCGCCGUGAGGGCAGUGGCAAGAAGAGAAGCAAGCUGCACAGCUCUUCGCCUGCGGCCCCACAGCCUCCUCUUCCUCACAGCUACAAGGCCUACCAGCUGUACACUCUCUACCGGGGCGAGGACGGCAAGAUCAUGCAGGCGCCAAUAAACGGCUGUCGCUGUGAGCCCCUAAUUAACAAACUGGAGAACCAGCUGGAAGCUACCAAAGAAGAGAUGAAGUCUGAGAUCCAGACGGUGCAGGACCAGAUGAACAGCAAACUGGGGCAACUGGAUUCCAAGAACAAGCAUCAGAUGAAGGUGUUGGAAAAAAUGACGGGAGAAAGGAUCUCGGCGGAGAGGACAGAGUGUCUGCACCGCAUCGACCAGAGGGCGGCGCUGGAGCGCCUGGAGGGGGAGAAGAAACAGGCGUCCGUGGUAAACGAACUUAAAAACUGGUGCUUGUCGAAGAUUCAGAACAUGGAGGUGCGUAUUUCCGGAGACUCCAGGAACGCAAAGCCCAGCCCGCCCGCGUCGGCCGGCGGGGCCGAUCCGGAGAGCCAGCGAGCCCCGCAGGAGAGCGUCGCAGGGGGAGCCAGCGUGGGCCCCGCGGCAGAAGAGACCUCAGGGAAACAGUACUUUGUGGUUCAGCAAGACAGCUCUCCAGGUGAAAAGCAAAAUGUUCCCGAGUUCUCUGGCGCAGCCCAGCCGGGAUCUCCUCAGGUCGUGAGGCCCAAGGAGCGGGCCCCGGCCUCUGCUGCCCCCAAGAGGCCGCCGCUGGAAGUGCGCGAGCCGGAGCCACCGGAGUGCCAAGCCCGGGGGGCGAACCCGCGGGUCUCGGACAGCCGCCUCCGCAGGUCGAGCAGCCUUUCUCCGGCCACCGAGCGGCGCUGUGGCAGGCCGGACAGGGACAGGGACAAGGAGAAAAGCAAGGAGAGGGGAAGACAUGGGAAGAAAACCCCUCUCGGCAAGGCGAGGCCCGACGCGCCAAAGGCCCAGGCAGGCCGCACCCAGGCGCCCUCCGGCGGCCAGUCCCGGGAGACCCGGCACGCGCUUGAAAUCACGCAGUACUUCUUCGAGGCCGUCUCCACGCAGAUGGAGAGGUGGUACGAAAGGAAGAUCGAGGAGGCCCGCUCCCAGGCUGACCGGAGAGCCUGGCAGGACCGAGAGGCCCUGCUGGACCGCAUCGGCAGCCUGGAAGACGAGCUGCGCCAGCUGAGGGCGAAGGCGCAGAAAGAGGGCGAGUACGAGGGCUGGCAAGGGUAGCGUGCUCCCCGACUUUCGACAGGUGGCAUCAAACAUCCGCUGGCAACUCCCAUCAGAAGAAAGGCAACACAUAAAAAAAAACAAACGCACCCAUUCUUUGUUAAAAUACAAUUUUUACCUGCCAGUUGCCUUCGGCACAUCAAAAGGUCAUUCCAGGAAAACCGACUGAGACGAUGUGCCCUCUUCCUCGUUUUCCACUCGGUAGUCUUCUCGUGUGAAUGUAAAACCAAACCGAGGUAUUGGAAAAAAGUUUUGUCGAAAACAGCCAUUGACACUAAAACAAGUGUCAAAAAUAAACUUAAUAUGAGGUUCCUGCAUGUAGCUUUCACUUCAUAAUGAUAAUGAACCGCGUUUGAAAAGCAGAUUGCAUUAGUGUUAGAACACUUCCUCCUGCCUUUUUUAAGAGGUUUUUUUU